AUGACUGAAUGUAUGUAUAUCUCUUCGUUUUUUUUUUCUUAUUUCUUUUUUCGAUCAUUCUUCUUUUGUUCUUUUUCGCUUUCAAGUUUUGAUUUAAUCUCUUUCUUUUUUUCUUAUCCUCCUUCUUUUUUCCCGUUGUUUUUUCUUUUCUUUUUUGUCUUCUUUUUCGUCUUAUUUUCCUUUUCCUUGUUUUUCUUUUCCUGCUUUCUUCUGCUAUUUAUUCUGUUUUUUAUUGCACCUAAAAUUAAUUUGAAUUUUUUUUACUCUUUCUUCAUCUUACUUUUCAAUCUUAUUCUCCUCUUCCUUUUACUUCUUCAGUCCCUACUACUCAUUCAUUUUUCUCCCUCCUAUUUUAACCUCAUUCGCCAACUUCUAUCUUCAUUUUCCUCCUCCCCUUCAACCUCUUUCUUUUUCUUCUCGCUCCUUCAUUUAUUAAUUUCCUAUUCUUUUUUCUUUUCUUCCCCUACACUUUCUCCUUUAUAUUCUUUGUCUCUCAUCUCUCAAUUUCUCUUUCUUCCCUCAGCUCGUUCUCCUUCUUCCUUUUUCUCCGUACGAUUGCUUCUUUCCCCUUUCUACCAGUUCCUUUUCACGACUGGAUGCACCUGUCCCUCGUCAAAUACACAGCGUAUGAGCAAAUAUUACGAAACGUCUGUUUAUUCAGGCAGUUCACGCAGCUUCAACUGGUUACAUAGAAAACAGUGA